GCUGCCGAUGGUGGUGGCGGCAACGGUGGUGGUGGUGGCUUCGAUCGACACCCCCGACAGUUUUUCGCAGGAUGCUUGUUGCUUCUACACUACGAGCGGAUGUGAACUCGUCCUACCUGUGUUUUCUUCGCGCCCACCUACGCCGACGACGAGGAUUCGGCCGAGAUCUUCUCGCGUCUCGAUGGAUAUCGUUCGUCCCUGCAUUGCGUUGGUGAACGCUGCAGCACUCUCGGCGGUGCAGUGAUAUCGGUGUAACCCCCCGAUGAAUGUUCCUCUCUCCGAUUGUUGUUGAUUAAUUAAGGUACAUUGUGUAGAACCGCAGCGACUCGUGUCGGCGGAUCUCGAUCCGGCGAUCGGUGCGGCGGAUUUAUUCGAAAUUUCGAGAAAAUGAUCUCCCAUUAACACGCAGCGCCUUUUUAAUCUGCGCCUUCGUUGAGAUUCUUACAUACAUCGUUUUUGUACGUAUAAGCGCUAUUAUUACGAUACGUAAUUAUAGAGAGAGCUGGUAAUCGGUAACGUAAAACACGCAAAAAGUCGCGCACUUUGAUUCACCGAUUGUGCAGAAGCUACGACGGAUAUUAUUGGAACAAUAAGAAAAACGGCGCUUAUUUUCGCGCCGUGGUUACCGAGAGCUUAGCCCUUGAGAAAAAGUGCCGAUUAGCUGCGUCAGUAACUGAUGAUGUUCGGACGUCGGUAACUGAUAGAAUAUCAUCAGUUAAUUUCAACGUUUAUCCGAUCGUGUCUUUUUCUCAAGGGGGAAUUUAUAGACGCACAAGGUAAUCCCGCGUGAAUUCAGUUUGCGGAGCGGGCGAGCAAUCAAGCCUUACUUCCCCGAUGAAUUUUAGCCGACCGUUCGCCGAUUUCUCCUCGGCAGAUUUCUUUCUUCAUCCGCGACACAGUUACCGAGACCCCUGAAUAUCGAAAAUUAAAAAUAGAAAUAAAUCGGAGAGGGAGAGACGCGCGACUUUCGUGGCAUACCGUACAUCUUUCACAACGUUAUUGAUGUACGAGCGAGGGGCCGCGAGGCAGAUUAUCAUCUUUAUACGAAAGAGUUUCUCACGCACGAAAGAAUCCCGGCACGCAAUUUCAAGGUUUCCCCGAUGCCCGCCUGAAGAGGACCUCCGCUCGCCCCCCCCCGACGAUGAUCGACCGGUGUCCUUGUUGCGGGCGCGCGAAUACGCCGCAAAACUCGGCUCUUUCGGAGGACCGCGGCACGUCCGCGCCCGCGUCACCGUCGUAACCUGCGACCGGCGGCCGCUGUUUAUGCUAAAAGGCGCGCGCGAGAGAGAGAUUUACGUCCGCCCGGGAAAACACCGCGCCCGCCUUCUCCGCUCCUCGCAGAAACCCCCCAACACGAAGAGUCGCCGCGCACUACGACCAACUGUCGCCUCUCUCGAUGAGCGAGAGUCACCCGCCACCGUCGAGCAGGCGUCCUGCGGAGGAUCAGGUCGGCGAGGAUGAAGUCGGAGGGAAACAAUGGGUAUCUGCGAACCACCGUCGUCACCGAGCCGUUGUCGGGCGACUUGCCAGGGCCGGGAUCAGCUGGCCAAGACACUGCGUCCGCCGGGAAUCCGCUUCAGGUAACUUACGGUCCACGCGGGGCAACCACCACAACCGUUUUCCAGCCUCCGGCCAGGCCGCGGAGACCAGUCGGCGUGACACGCGCCACUUCGAUUACACGAAGACAAAGAGGACCGGCGAGUAGGCAACGUCUGUUGGGCGUGUUGGCCAUUGCUCUGUUGGCCACUUGUCUCUUCAUACUUUUGCUAUUGGCGUUGAACACCACUCGCGAAUGCGUCCAAGAGCCCUAUCCGAACGUUUGCAUGUCGGAAGAAUGCGUCAGAACGGCGGCGAGCUUAUUGACAGCGAUGGAUCGCACCGCACCGCCUUGCGUCGAUUUUUUCCAAUACGCCUGCGGCACGUGGAAUCGAUUGCACGUGAUACCGGAGGAUAAGAGCUCCAUCAGUACCUUUGAGGUCCUGGCCGAUCAGUUGCAGGUGAUCCUGAAGCGCAUCCUCGAGGAACCGUCCAACGAGGACGACAAUGACGCCACUCUCAAAGCGAAGAUGUUCUACAAGUCGUGUAUGGACAUCCCUCGCAUACGAGAAAUCGGGGACGCACCACUGAAGGAGAUCUUGGAGAGUCUUGGAGGAUGGCCAGCGGUGGUGGGCGCAUCUUGGAAGCCGCCGUCUUAUUCCUUGGAGGUCCUUCUGGGUCGUUUGCGCGGCGAGUACAACGAGGGCGUGCUGAUAGAGCAGUGGGUCGGCCCGGACGACAAGAACUCCUCGGCCAACAUCCUGCAGUUGGAUCAGAUGCAAAUGGCGUUGCCCGGUAGAGACUACUACCUGAAGGAGAGCAGUAAGGCCGAGUUGAAGGCUUACCACAAUUACAUGACGAGCGUGGCCGUGUUGCUGGGAGCAAAUCCCCAUUCAGCGGCCGAGGAGUUCGAUCGGGUGAUCCUUUUGGAAAAGCAACUCGCUAAUGUCUCGUUGCCGGAAGCGGACAGGCACGACACCUCGGCGAUCUACCGAAAGUUGAGAUUGCGCGAACUGCAGCGGGAGGUGCCGCAGCUGCAGUGGCUCGUUUACCUGCAGGAGUUCAUCAGCGCGCCGAUCACCGAGGAGGAACCGGUCGUGGCGUACGCGAUGCCGUAUUUCGCGCAGAUGGGCCGUAUAAUCUCGAGGACGGAUCGCAGGACUCUGCACAACUACAUCCUGUGGCGGUUCGUCAUGUCGAUUAUGCCUCACAUGAUCGACGAGUACCAGCAGAAGCGGAUCGAAUUUCGCAAGAUCCUGCUGGGGAUCCUCAGCGAAAGGAACAGGUGGUCGCAAUGCGUCGAGUGGACCAACAAGAAACUCGGAAUGGCGGUCGGGGCCCUUUUUAUACGCGACAAUUUUAAUCACGAGAGUAAGGAGACUGCUCUGGAGAUGAUACGGACGAUUCGCGAGGCUUUCAACGAAUUGCUGGCCGAGAAUCAUUGGAUGGACGAUGAGACCCGGACGGUGGCGAAGAAUAAAGCGGACUCGAUGAACGAGCGAAUCGGAUAUCCCGAGUUUCUCAAGGACCCGCUCGAGCUUUCGCUAGAAUAUGUCACGUUAAACGUAACGGAAAACAGCUUCUUGGAGAAUAUUCUCGCCAUGCUGAAGUACGACGCUUAUCACAAUCUGCAAAAGCUGCGAAUGCCGGUCGACAAGGACAAAUGGUCGACCGAGCCGGCCGUGGUGAACGCUUUCUACAACCCUAACAAGAACGACAUAGUAUUCCCUGCGGGGAUUCUACAGCCGCUUUUUUACUCCCAGCACUUUCCCAAGUCCUUGAAUUACGGCGGUAUCGGCGUAGUGAUCGGUCACGAGAUCACCCACGGCUUCGACGACAAGGGUCGUCAAUUUGAUAAAGACGGCAACAUGAUGCAGUGGUGGAACAACGCCACUAUCAGGGCGUUUCGCAAGAGAGCGCAAUGCAUCGUGGAUCAGUAUUCCAAGUACAAGCUGCAGGAGGUGAAUCUUUACAUCAACGGCAGGAUGACCCAAGGAGAGAAUAUUGCGGACAACGGUGGUCUCAAGCAAUCAUUCAGGGCUUACAAGAAGUGGGUUUCGAUUCACGGCGAGGAGCCGCUGCUGCCGGGUGUGAAUCUCACGCACGAUCAGCUGUUCUUCCUCAACUACGCGCAGAUCUGGUGCGGCUCCAUGAGGCCGGAGGACGCGCUGACGAAGAUACGCAGCAGCGUGCACUCGCCGGGGCCGGUGCGCGUGUUGGGCCCGUUGUCGAACAGCGAGGACUUCGCCAGGGCCUUCAACUGCCCGCCGGAUUCGCCGAUGAAUCCCAAGAACAAGUGCAGCGUCUGGUAGCUCGCGCGUUUGGCGAUAUAUGAGAUAUAUCACGCCGAUGUAAUCAAAAUUACUGGAGCGGGAGGAGGUGCCUGGAAGCUUAAAGUUUCAGGACUUCGAGGAGUCGAGAGGAUCUGCGCGUUCUCUGAUCGCAUGCACAUUGCAAGAACACAGCGCUAAGUUGAAAGAAAUAAAAUGAUUUUUUCGAGCGAUGCCUUCCGACGCAGGUCGGACAGGAUUCACGGUCGGAAAAUAACAUGUCAAGAAAAAUAUCGAGAGUAUAGUUUAAAAAAAAAAUACUCUCCGGGAUUUCCUUCAAAACUAUACGAGAGAGCAAAUUUAAUUUCACAUAUUCUACGUGAAAUAUGCGAACGUGCGGGAUGAGAAUGCGCGGGACGUAAUAAAUUAAGACAAGAGAAAAUCAAAAAAUUAUAAAUGUAUGAAAUUCAAAGGAUCCGUGGACCCCUUCAUCAUCCUUGCAUAUCACGAUCUUGCUUGUUUUUAUGUAAUAAGCAUUGAAAUAAAAAUAAUGUACGAUUGACA